AUUUCCCGGCCUCUUUCUCUCCCCCUGCUCUGCUGGCUUUGUUUCUCUGCCUUGUGUUUUACCCUUUCCCCGGUAGCUUUUAGAGCCCUGACACAGACUUCCUGUGAGUCAGCACAGCAGACAUUUGGAGGAGAAUAACUGAUGGGCAGAGCCACAGUGUGUUUGGGUGACAAAAAGCGAGAGGUCUGGACUCUGCGUUAGUUGCCAAGCUAUCUCUGACCGAAAAAUCCUCAUCUGGCUAAUUCUUAGAGAACAAAAGCAGAUGAAAGCCCAACGGUUUCAAAUAAGGAGAAGCAUCCGGAGGAGAGGACUAAAAACCGGAGCCCUCUCAGGAAACAAAAUGGGGAAGGAGAAGUGGGAGUAUGCCGAGGCGAGGUAGAAAUCUUCAUGAGUCAGGAUAAAGCCAAGAAAGUAAAACCCAGCCGGAAACAGAUGCGACACACCCAUUCCCUGCGAAUGAAGCUUCCAUAACAGCCCAGCGGCCUGCUCCGCCAGGGCAGCCUGGGAGCAGAGCAGCAGUACAAUGGAAAUCCUUAAACUAGAUGCACCAGAGAGACUGGGGCCAUGUACCGAAUACGGGGAAAGCACUGAUCAGAUGGUAGAUCUGGCAGCCCACCGGAGAGCCCAGCAUGGCAAGCGUGAUGGAGAUGAGAAAAGUACCACCCAGCUGGGAGAGAGAGCACGUGAGUCUGCCAAAUGUGGGAAAUGCUUUGUUAAGAAGGGGAAUCUCACAGCCCAUCGGAGGAGAUGGAGCCCUGAGGAAGCCAGUGGGUGUGAGGGAAAUCCAACAGCAACAGGAGAUCUCACAGCCCAUCAGAGACCUCUCAGGAGACGGGGCCCACAGGAACCCAACGGGUGUGAGGGAAAUCUGACAGGAGAUCUCGUAAGACACAAGACAAGCACCACAAAAGCAGAACCAUCCCCUGGCCCGGAAGUUGAGGAAAGCCACCAGGGAGCGCUCUGCGCCCCAAGGGGAGGCCUGAGGAGGAAGCGGACUCACACGUGCUCUGAAUGCGGGAAGAAGUUCAGCAAGAAAGGUAACCUCACCAAGCAUCAGCGCACCCACCGGGACGAGCGGCCGUUCAAGUGCAGCCAGUGCCAGAAGAGCUUCUUUGUGAGGUCCCAGCUCUCCCAGCAUGAGAGGAUCCACACGGGGGAGCGGCCGUACAAGUGCGCCGAGUGCGGCAAGCGCUUCACCCAGAAAUCCAACAUCAUCAUCCACCAGAGGAUCCACACGGGGGAGCGGCCCUUUAAAUGCGCUGACUGCGGGAAGAGCUUCAUCGACAAGUCGCAGCUCAUCACGCACCGCCGGACCCACACGGGGGAGCGGCCCUUCGCAUGCAGCGAGUGCGGGAAGGGGUUCCGGCAGAAGAUCACCCUGAUCACGCACCAGAGAAUCCACACCAGGGAGGAGCCCUACACCUGUCCUCAGUGCAGCAAGAGCUUCAGCCAGAAGGCCAACCUCAUGAGGCACCAGCUGAUCCACACGCGGGAGGGGCCGUACAUAUGCACCGAGUGCGGGGAGAGCUACAGUGCCAUCAGGCACCUGAAGAGGCACCAGUUGAGCCACGCCGGGGAAAGGCCCCACGUGUGCACCAAAUGCGGGAAGAACUUCACCCGCAAAUCAAGCCUCAACAGGCACCAAGAGAUCCACGCCAACGACAGGCCAUAUGCAGUGGUGGCAGCAGAAAACCUCACCGUGGUCUAUGAGAUAAUGCAGGUCCCACUCUAGCACUAGGGGUGGGGUGCGGGAUGUUGAGUUGCAGUGACGAUUUCCUCCGUGUCACCUGUAGGAGGUGCUCAGAAGCUCCCUGGGGGCUGCUCUCUCUCUUCAGCUGCCAUGGAGUCUAAAAUACCUGAAAAUCCAGCAGAGGACAAAGAGCAUGGGCUGGGUCCUUGCCGCUGUUUUAAUUUGUGUUUAUCUUGCACGGUAAUAAAUAAUCAAUCUG